GAUCCAGCUGAGCACUUUUAUUACGUCUGGCUACAGGUGAUGAUUAUGCCCAUUGUUUACAACUGGGUCAUCAUCAUUUUGAGGACGUGCUUCACUGGGAUCGCGCUGAGCUACCUGCCCGUGUGGCUCACGCUGGACUACCUGUCAGACCUCAUGUAUGCAGCCGACAUGGUCGUCACUCUGCACGCUGGUUACUUGGAUCAAGGCAUCCUUAUCAAGGACCUGACCCUGUUGAGGAGGCGCUAUCUGCACUCCAAACAUUUCCUCUGGGAUCUGACUUCCCUGCUGCCGACUGACUUCCUUUACUUUACCUUGGGCAUCCAAACUCCUCUGGUGAGGAUCAACCGUCUUGUGCGCAUAACACGCCUGAACGAGGCCCUGGAUCGCAUGGAGACCAGAACCUCGUACCCCAACACGUUCCGCAUCACCAAGCUCAUGAUCUACAUCUUUGUGCUGAUCCACUGGAACGCGUGUCUCUACUUCGCUCUGUCCAGCUACAUCGGCUUUGGAACCGACCGUUGGACCUACCCCAACAUCACCAACGCAAAGUUUGCUUCCAUGCGGCGUCAGUACUUUUACUGCUUCUGGUUCUCGGCCCAGAUUUUCACUACGGUAGGAGACACGCCCCUGCCGAGCAGGGAAGAGGAGUACCUGUUCAUGAUUGCAGACCUGCUCAUUGCUGUGCUGGUGUUUGCAUCCAUUGUUGGUAAUGUGGGCAAUGUGAUCACGAGUCUGAGAGACCGGGACAACGUCUUUUUCCCUAACCACGAGCUGGUGAAAGCAUACCUGCGCAGCCACCACAUCAGCAAAGACCUCCGUCAGCGCAUCGACAGCUGGUACCAGCACGUUCACAUCAACAAGAAGAUCAUGCGAGAAAAUGAAAUCCUGCAGCAGCUCCCUUUACACAUGAGGACGGAGAUUGCUGUCAGCGUUCACCUCCCCAUUCUGUCCAAGGUCACCAUCUUCCAGAACUGUGAGAAGAGUCUGUUGGAGGAGCUGGUUCUUAAACUGACACCUCAGGUUUUCAGUCCAGGAGAGUACGUCUGCAGGAAGGGAGACGUGGGCCACGAGAUGUACAUCAUCAAAGAGGGAAAACUCUCAGUUGUAGCAGAUGAUGGGGUUACAGAAUUUGCCGUAUUGAGUGCAGGGAAUUUCUUCGGAGAAAUUAGUAUCCUCAAGAUCAAAGGAAACAAGUCUGGCAAUCGUCGCACUGCCAACAUCCGGAGCACCGGCUACUCUGACCUGUUCAGUCUGUCCAAAGAAGACCUCACAAAUGUACUGUCUCAGUUUCCUGCAGCCAAACGGCUCCUGGAGGAGAAAGGCCGACAGAUCCUCACCAAGAUGGGUAUGCUGGAGGAGAGUGAGGAGACAGAGGAAGGGAAGACAGAGAGCGUUCAAACAAAGAUACAAAAGCUGGAGAGCAACUUGGAGGUCUUGCAAACAAAACUUGCUCGACUUAUGGUGGAAUUUGAAUCGAGCAACCGCAAAAUCCAGGCCAGGGUGGAGCAGCUGGAGAGGAAGGUUGCAGUGAGGAGGAGGAGGAGGAGGAGGAGGAGGAGGAGGAGAGAAGAAGCACAUGGUAGAGGGGAGGGUGUGGGAAAGGAGGUUGAAUGGGAGCGAGAAGAUGCAGAGGGAGAGGAAGAGGUGGAAAAACAGGGACAGAGAAAAGAUGUGGAUGAUGUGACCAAAGAGGGAGACGGCGAGAGCACUGCAAGUACAAAGGAAGAGGCUGAAAGGAUGGCAGAGGGAAAUAAAACUGGUCUGUGUGACUCGGAUAACCCGAAAGAGAAAGAAGAUGAAGAAAGCUGCAAAAUGGAAGGAGGUGAUAGACACGAGAAAGGUGAUGGAGCUGAAUUAGAACAUGACAAUGGAAAAGAUGAGAAGAGUAUAGAGUGA